UUGCCCUUCGAGAUGUCCAACUCGGUUUGGAAAUGCAUUCGUGUACCAUCUCGGGGCCCUGGGUCCUAGAAUCAAAAACUUCUGAAAGCAUUGAGGCGUGAAGACCGCAGGGGUGAGGGGGUGAGGGCGAUGGGUUGCGCCUCCAGUGUAAAGACAGCAGAGGCCGUCUCCCUGCCGCUGACCGUGGGAGAUGCCCCAACACAGCCACUCGUGCAAGGAGCGCUCGCUACUGCCGACCGCCUGUUUCCUGCGGAAGAGAACCGGAGCCCAAAGGGCGAGCUCGACUUAGCGAGGGACGACGUGCAGGCAGACGAGGAGACUGGGGAACUGUACUGUCAGUCCUGGUCUCAGUUGACCCAUGGGACCGCGGGCCCCAGCUCUAAUGAUUUGAGUAAUUCCGUAACUAUGGAGGAAUGCAACAACAUUAGUGAAAAGGCCAUGGGAGAGGAGCAGUGUGCUUUGAAGGAGAUUGAUUCAGUUUCUGUAGUUCAGGAGCAAUCAAUCAGCAAGGUCACUAUGGUUGUUCUGGAGGAUGGAAGUAACCUAACAUGGCCAGAAGCUACCAGAACCCCAGAUUCUGAACAGCACAACACACUACUUUGUGAGGGAGAUCUACUGAUGAGACAUGAAGACAGUUCAUUUUCUAGGGUGACCAACUGUUCCAGUUUGCCCAAUGACCUCUGUCCCCCAGUUGUAAUCGAUAAUGGCAGUGGACUGAUAAAAGCUGGACUCUCCGGAAAUCAGUGUCCAGCCUCCGUUUUCCCAAGUGUGGUUGGAAGGCCAAAGAACACAAUAAUGAAUGUUUUUGGAUCAUCAGGAAGAGACACUUAUGUUGGAGAUGAAGCCCAAAGAAAACGCAGCAUUCUUCACUUGAUUUAUCCAAUUCAGCAUGGACUGAUUACACGUUGGACAGAAAUGGAAGCACUCUGGAAGCACACGUUUGAGAACGAACUGCGUAUUGACGUUCAAGAACACCCAAUUGUUAUGACAGAACCAACAAACAAUCCGCAAAGGAACAGGGAGAAGACAAGCGAGAUUCUUUUUGAAGCAUUCCAAGUUCCGUCUCUUCUUCUGGGAAUCCAGGCAGUGCUGGCAUUAUACUCUACUGGCAAAGUUACAGGAACGGUCAUUGAUUCAGGAUCAUCUGUGACGCAAGUGGUUCCCAUUCUUGAAGGAGGUGCCUUGAAUAACAUCACUAAGCGUGUGUACCUGGGAGGAGAGGACCUGACAGAGUACAUGAUGAGAUCCCUGGCUGAAAACAAUAGCUGGUCCUUCACCUCCAAAGCUGGGUUAGAUACUAUCAGAAAUAUCAAGGAAAAAUUUUGCUAUGUUGCACUAGACUUUGAAGCAGAACUGCAGAAAUUCAAGAAUAAUCCAGACGGAAUAAAAGAAGAAUAUGUGCUUCCAGAUGGACAAAACAUGAUCAUCACAAACCAGAAAUUCAGUUGCCCAGAAGUCAUGUUUAAGCCAUUUUUAAUAGGCAAGGACAUUCAGAACUUAACCGCAUUGGCACAUUCUGUGAUUGAGCAUUGCAAUGAAGAGAUCUGCAAUGAGAUGUACACAAACAUUGUCCUAGCUGGUGGUAACACUAUGUUUAGAAACAUGGGACAGCGAAUUCAACAAGAGAUGACAGACCUUGUAAAAUCAGGAAAAAAGGUGAAGGUUCUUGCACCUCCCAACAGGAACUAUCUUUCAUGGAAAGGAGCAUCCAUUUUGGCAGGUCUUUCUACUUUCCACCAGAUGUGUAUAACUCGGCAAGAUUUUGAAGAGUAUGGAGUAACUGCUUUGUACAGGAAGUUAGUGUAACAUCAUGAGGAUUAAAAACCCCUGAAAU